AUGAUGUUAUAUAAACUUUCGCAAGUUACUUUUCUCAGGUCAAAGCCUCUUUUGGAGGUAUCUACACCUAGUACUCAAGUACCAAUACCAAAGCCUUCUAUUAACAUAAUUGCAAUAACCGUUGAAGAAGAGGAGGAUGUUACAAAAAUUAAAGACUAUCAGCCUUCAACAUCAGAUUCUGCAUUGGAGUCCAAAACAUCACCUACUCCAAGUCCACCAAAAGAAGAGACUGAAGCACCUCCUUCUGCAGGAAGUCUCAUUUUUACCGGUCCUCUUGCCAAGAAACUAGCUGAAGAUCACAAUAUAUCCCUUUCAACCAUCAAAGGAACUAGUCCUGAUAGACGAAUUGUGAGGGCCGAUAUUGAAGAUUCUCGUGGCAAGGAACCUUUGCAAGCUCCCAAUGCUGCUGCCACAGAUGCUGCUGGUCUAGAUUACACAGACAUUCCACACUCACAAAUUAGAAAGGUUGAAUGCAUUGCAAGAAGCUUCAGGCGGGAAGAGGAUAUCCAUUAA